UUUGGAUCAAUGUAACGGGCUUCUCUGCACUGGCCCCUUCUUGCCCGUAUCGAACUUCAAGGCUUAAAGCUACCUACCAGGCUAGCACACGGACCACACCUUUCCCCAUCUUCUUUCCCCUCUACUGCGCUUCCACUUUCCAGCUGUACAUCUUCAAUGGCUCUUACUGGCGCUUCCACGGCGGUGGUCUGCUCCAUUCCUAAGGCCAGCAUUUCUCCCAAUUCAUUCGCUAAGCACUCUUCUUUCUCUCAGACUCUUGCUGUUCCCUCUUCCUUCACUGGCCCCCGCUUUUGCAAGCCCUUCGUCUCCCGCGUCCCUUGCUUGCUCUCUUCUCGCUCCGCUCCAUCCAAAAACCGCAGCUUUGUUGUCCGCGCUUCAGGUGAACUUCCUUUGGUAGGGAAUAUAGCACCUGAUUUUGAAGCUGAGGCUGUUUUCGACCAGGAAUUCAUCAAUGUUAAGCUUUCCGACUACAUUGGGAAGAAGUAUGUGAUUCUAUUUUUCUAUCCACUGGACUUCACAUUUGUUUGUCCAACUGAGAUCACUGCUUUUAGUGACCGCUAUGAAGAGUUUCAGAAGUUAAACACUGAAGUCUUAGGUGUAUCCACUGACAGUGUGUUCUCUCAUCUUGCAUGGGUCCAAACUGAAAGAAAGUCUGGGGGAUUGGGUGAUCUGAAGUAUCCAUUGAUUUCUGACAUGACCAAAUCAAUCUCAGAGUCUUACAAUGUGCUUAUUCCACAUCAGGGAAUCGCACUGAGAGGACUCUUCAUCAUAGAUAAGGAGGGAGUCAUUCAACACUCUACCAUCAACAAUCUUGCUAUUGGCCGAAGUGUUGAUGAAACAUUGAGAACCCUCCAGGCAUUGCAGUAUGUCCAGGAGAACCCCGAUGAAGUGUGCCCUGCUGGAUGGAAGCCUGGUGAGAAGUCAAUGAAACCCGAUCCCAAGCUCAGCAAGGAGUACUUUGCAGCUGUAUAAGUAAAAAAACUGAACAUUCUCUCAGCCAUUUUGUACUUCGCACACAUUUUGUUGAAAUAAAAGUGGUGCUGCACGUGAAGCUCCUAAUCCUUGAAUUACACACUGAAAAAUAUUGCAGGAUAUGAUCAUGUUUUGCCAACGUCACUUCAAUUUUUUUCAUUAAAAGCAACCGAUUCCAGGCCUUCCA